CCUCGUAUGUAGCCGUAGACGCUCGGCUCAAGCGGCCCUCUUUUAAAGUUCCUGGGGGGGAGAGUGUGGAGAGAGCCGGACAAAGCAGGAGGAAAGGGGCUAACAUUUAACCUUGUUCAUACAUAUCCCCUCGUUUUUCGUACCGGGAGGACAGGUACGGCUCCGAAGAAAAAGGUGCGACGCAUAAAACCGAGCUCUCACUUCCCGAUAACGUCAGAAAAUGGCGGAGCCGGACAAAUUAAACAUCGACUCUAUAAUUCAACGUCUGCUGGAAGUUAAGGGCUCGCGGCCGGGAAAGAACGUUCAGCUAACGGAGAACGAGAUCCGUGGCCUUUGCCUCAAAUCCCGUGAAAUCUUCCUGAGCCAGCCAAUCCUGCUUGAAUUAGAGGCCCCUUUAAAAAUAUGUGGUGAUGUCCAUGGUCAGUACUAUGAUCUGCUCAGGCUUUUUGAAUAUGGUGGCUUCCCUCCGGAGAGCAACUACCUGUUUCUGGGCGACUAUGUAGACCGAGGGAAGCAGUCCCUGGAAACCAUCUGUCUCCUUCUUGCCUAUAAGAUCAAAUACCCCGAGAACUUUUUCCUGCUGCGUGGCAACCAUGAGUGCGCCUCCAUUAAUCGAAUCUAUGGCUUUUAUGAUGAGUGUAAGCGACGGUAUAACAUAAAGCUGUGGAAGACCUUCACAGACUGCUUCAACUGUUUACCUGUGGCUGCUAUUGUAGAUGAGAAAAUUUUCUGCUGUCAUGGAGGUCUCUCUCCAGAUCUUCAGUCGAUGGAGCAGAUCCGCAGAGUCAUGCGGCCCACAGACGUGCCCGACCAGGGUUUGCUGUGCGACCUGCUGUGGGCCGACCCGGAUAAAGACGUGCUGGGCUGGGGGGAGAACGAUCGCGGAGUCUCCUUCACAUUCGGGGCAGAUGUGGUGGCCAAAUUUUUGCACAAACACGACAUGGACCUAAUAUGCAGGGCGCAUCAGGUGGUUGAAGAUGGUUAUGAGUUUUUCGCAAAGAGGCAACUCGUCACUCUUUUCUCAGCUCCCAACUACUGUGGAGAGUUUGAUAACGCUGGUGCCAUGAUGAGUGUGGACGAGACCCUCAUGUGCUCCUUCCAGAUUUUGAAGCCAGCAGAUAAGAAAUUGUAUCCUUAUGGCAGCGGAGGAGGAGGUGUGGGAUUGGGAAGACCCGUCACUCCUCCACGGAACGCAGCCAAGGCCGGCAAGGCAAAGAAAUAACACCCGCCGGUUCCCCUUCCUACGAUUCAGCACCCUUUGUCGGCCCAACACUUUUUUUUUUUUUUUUCUCCUUCCUUUCCUCCCUUUCUACCUCCCAAACUUGUUCCUUCAUUGGCACUGAACAGCAACAAAAACAACCAGGGUCCAGUCAGUUUUGUUUCAUUUUUUCUGAAUUGAACGCAUUUUAUUUUGCUUUGUGUUUUAUUUCCUUGUGUGUUGAUAUGCGAGUAAAGAGUGAGAAUGAUUCCAGAGGAAGUUGCUGUAUUCAUGUACUUUUUCCCUUUUGUUGUCCUAUUUUCCAGUUGAUUCUUUUUUUGUUUUGUAUCAAGUGUUUUUUGCCCGUUCAUCAUGUAAAUCAUGCCGGUGGGGGUUGGGCGUGAAGAAGAGAGCUUUAGCCGUUUUAUGUUGAAGUCUGGGACUGUUUAAAGCUAUUGUACAUGUAUAGGAGGUCUGUGUGGUGGGAGGGCAGGGAAGUUGGAGGAGAUCCAAAGGUAACGGCACACCGAGUGCACAGGAGACUCCAACUGGGAGGAUUCUUUUUUUAUUUGAUUUUCCUCUUCCAUUUUCAGAACCAAUCAUGUGAUUAUAGAUGCUUUUCUUCGCCGUUUUUGUAGAUACUGACAACAGAAUGGUUUUAUUUUUUUUUCUUAUGUUUUUAGCUCAUUCAAAGCUGAAGCUCAAUAAAAGAAACCUUUAAUUUGAAGCACAUCAUCAUGCUCAUCA